GUUUGGUUUGGAUAUUGAGCUGUUUGACCGUUAAUAUGGCACGUCAAUGUUACAUCUAAGUCCCAACGUUAUCGCGAUUUUGAAAGUCGAACCCCACGCGCUUCCGGCCCACACCCGCCACCACCCGGUCCCGUAUUCGUCCGCGAAUCGGCUCUCGCCGUCCCCAACAAAAAGCCAAAACCACUGCAACACCAACUAAACCACCAUUUUUGUAGAUCUCUCUGCAAAUGUCACAAUGAGUGCCCGGCCUCGCCCUCCCCCGCCGGCCCAGCACCGAGCCCAACCUCACGGGAUUCAAGAGCAACCUUACAAUAUCAUUCCGAUCCAUAACCUACUAGCGGACCACCCUUCGCUCCGUUUCCCUGAGGUGCGCGCCGCCGCCGCCGCGCUCCGCUCCGUCGGUGACCUACGAAAGCCGCCCUUCCUUCCUUGGCAGCCGCACUAUGAUCUGCUCGAUUGGCUCGCCCUUUUCUUCGGCUUCCAGGCUUCCAGUGUCCAGAACCAGAGGGAGCACCUCGUCCUGCACCUCGCCAACGCUCAGAUGCGGCUUUCCCCCCCUCCGGACAACAUCGAUUGUCUCGACCACGGAGUCUUGCGCCGCUUCCGCCGUCAGCUCCUGAAGAACUACACAUCUUGGUGCUCCUUCCUCGGUCUCAAAUCUAAUGUCUGGCUCGUUGAGCGUCACAAUACCUCUGACAACCGCCGUGAGCUUCUCUAUGUGUCCCUUUACCUUCUUAUUUGGGGUGAGUCAGCUAACAUCCGCUUUGUUCCCGAAUGCAUUAGCUAUAUUUUUCAUAACAUGGCCAUGGAAAUGAACAAAAUAUUGGAAGAUUACAUAGACGAAGACACAGGCAGGCCAUUUUUGCCCUCGAUUUCGGGCGAAAACGCAUUUUUGAACCGGGUUGUCAAGCCCAUUUAUGAUACAAUAAGAGCGGAGGCUGAAAACAGCAGAAAUGGAACUGCUCCACACUCUGCUUGGAGGAACUAUGAUGAUAUAAACGAGUAUUUCUGGACUAAGAGGUGCUUUGAGAAGUUGAAGUGGCCAAUUGAUAUCGGCAGUACCUUUUUUGUGACCACAAACAAGGGUAAGAAGGUUGGCAAGACUGGGUUUGUGGAGCAAAGGUCCUUUUGGAACUUGUAUAGGAGCUUUGAUAAAUUGUGGAUCAUGCUUUUUCUUUUCCUACAGGCUGCAAUCAUUGUGGCUUGGGAGGGAAAUGAGUAUCCCUGGCAAUCUUUAAAAAGCAGGGAGGUGCAAGUGAAGGUUUUGACUGUGUUUUUCACAUGGAGUGGGAUGAGGUUCUUGCAGUCACUUCUCGAUAUCGGGAUGCAAUACAGACUGGCUUCAAAAGAAACACCAUGGCAUGGGGUGAGAAUGGUUCUGAAGGUUAUCGUUUCAGCUGCAUGGAUUGUGGUUUUUGGUGUGUUCUAUAGCAGAAUCUGGACCCAGAGGAACAAUGAUCGUGGUUGGUCAGGUGAGGCCAACAGGAGGGUUGUUAGUUUCCUUGAGGUCUGUUUGGUGUUCCUUGCCCCAGAGAUUUUGGCUUUGGUUUUCUUUAUCCUUCCAUGGGUUAGGAACUUUCUUGAAAACACUAAUUGGAAGAUAUUCAACCUGUUGUUAUGGUGGUUCCAAAGCCGGGCAUUUGUGGGACGGGGACUUAGGGAAGGGCUUGUGGAUAACAUAAAGUAUACCCUUUUCUGGGUUCUUGUGCUCGCCUCCAAGUUCUCCUUCAGUUACUUCUUACAGGUUAAACCAAUGGUUUCUCCUACAAAAACACUUUUACGUCUUAGGAACGUGGAAUAUGAAUGGCAUCAGUUUUAUGGGAACAGCAACAGGUUUGCCAUUGGAUUGAUUUGGCUCCCUGUUGUUCUGAUUUACCUUAUGGAUAUACAGAUAUGGUAUGCCAUAUACUCUUCCUUUACUGGUGCAGCAGUCGGGUUAUUUGACCACUUGGGUGAGAUCCGGAACAUGCAGCAGCUGAGGUUGAGGUUUCAGUUCUUUGCAAGUGCCAUUCAGUUCAAUUUGAUGCCCGAGGAACAGUUACUGAGUACCCGUAGAACAUUUAAGAGCAAGUUUAAAGACGCUAUUCACCGUUUGAAACUCAGAUAUGGAUUUGGUCGCCCGUUCAGAAAGCUUGAGUCCAGUCAGGUUGAGGCUAACAAAUUCGCAUUGAUAUGGAAUGAGAUAAUCUUGACGUUUAGGGAAGAGGAUAUCAUCAGUGACCGGGAGGUUGAGUUGCUGGAGCUUCCACAGAACACAUGGAAUGUCAGAGUCAUUCGUUGGCCAUGUUUACUGCUUUGUAAUGAGCUUUUACUUGCUCUUAGCCAGGCGAAAGAGUUGGUAGAUGCUCCUGACAGGUGGCUGUGGUCUAAGAUCAGCAAGAGUGAAUACAGGCGGUGUGCGGUUAUCGAAGCUUAUGAAUGCACCAGACACUUGUUGCUUGAGAUUGUCGACUCACAUAGUGAGGAGCAUUCCAUCGUUACAACUUUCUUUCAACAGAUUGAUGAAUGGAUUAAGCUGGAAAAGUUCACGAAAUAUUACAAUCUGACCUCACUUCCCCCAAUCUGUGAGAAACUUAAUACUCUUCUCAACCUUAUCCUCAAACCUAAAAGGGAUACUGACCAGGUGGUGAAUGUUCUACAGGCCAUGUAUGAGAUUGCCACUCGGGAUUUUUUCAGGGAGAAGAUGACUGGAGAUCAGCUAAGAGAGGAAGGUUUGGCACUUCAUGCUGACCGGAAUAAACUGCUUUUUGAGAAUGCAAUUGUGUUUCCUGAUCCUGGCAAUAAUGAGACCUUUUACCGGCAGGCUCGUCGAUUGCAGACCAUUCUCACUUCCCGUGACUCCAUGAGCAACAUUCCAAAGAAUCUUGAAGCAAGGCGUCGGUUGGCCUUCUUUAGCAACUCUCUUUUCAUGAACAUGCCACAUGCACCUCAUGUUGAGAAAAUGAGAGCUUUUAGCGUUUUGACCCCAUACUACAAUGAAGAAGUGAUGUACAGUAAGGAACAACUCCGGACUGAGAACGAAGAUGGCAUUUCCACACUCUAUUACUUGCAAACAAUCUAUGCUGACGAGUGGGAGAAUUUCUUGGAACGAAUGUGGCGAGAAGGGAUGCUUGAUGAGAGAAAAGAGUUAUGGUCAGAUAAGCACAGGCUUAAAGAUCUCAGGCUUUGGGCAUCAUACAGGGGUCAAACACUUUCCCGGACUGUUAGGGGAAUGAUGUAUUAUUACAGAGCGCUUAAGAUGCUCGCCUUUUUGGAUUCAGCUUCUGAGGUGGAUAUCAGGGAUGGAUCACGUGAGCUCACUUCCAUGAGGCAUGGGUCAAGCCCCGCAUUGACACCGUCUUCCAGGGAUUUGAGCAGAGCUGAUAGUUCCGCAAGUUUAAUGUUUAAAGGUCACGAGUAUGGAACCGCUUUGAUGAAAUUCACUUAUGUGGUUGCCUGUCAGAUUUAUGGCACUCAGAAGGCCAAAAGAGAUCCUCGUGCUGAUGAUAUCUUGAAGCUGAUGGAAAACAAUGAAGCUCUCCGUGUUGCUUAUGUUGAUGAGGUUGUGAAAGGAAGAGAUGAGAUGACAGAGUAUUUCUCUGUGCUGGUGAAGUAUGAUCAAACGUUAAAGAAGGAAGUGGAGAUUUAUCGAGUCAAGUUGCCUGGUCCAUUGAAGCUUGGGGAAGGAAAGCCUGAAAAUCAGAAUCAUGCUCUAAUUUUCACUCGAGGGGAUGCGGUCCAGACAAUCGAUAUGAACCAAGACAAUUACUUCGAAGAGGCACUGAAAAUGAGAAAUCUGUUGGAAGAAUUCAAGCAUUAUUAUGGAAUCCGCAAACCAAAGAUUUUGGGGGUUAGGGAACAUAUCUUUACAGGUUCGGUAUCAUCUCUUGCUUGGUUUAUGUCAGCUCAGGAAAUGAGUUUCGUCACUCUGGGGCAACGCGUUUUAGCCAACCCUCUAAAAAUCCGAAUGCAUUAUGGGCACCCAGAUGUGUUUGACAGGUUUUGGUUUUUGACUCGGGGAGGGAUUAGCAAAGCAUCUAGAGUGAUCAACAUAAGUGAAGACAUAUUUGCUGGAUUUAACUGCACGUUGCGAGGUGGGAAUGUAACCCACCAUGAAUAUAUCCAAGUUGGCAAGGGAAGGGAUGUUGGACUGAAUCAAAUAGCCAUGUUUGAAGCCAAGGUUGCCAGUGGGAACGGCGAGCAAGUUUUGAGUAGGGAUGUCUAUAGGUUGGGGCAUAGGCUUGACUUCUUCAGAAUGCUCUCUUUUUUCUACACUACUGUUGGUUUUUUUUUCAACACAAUGAUGAUUGUUCUCACAGUGUAUGGAUUCUUGUGGGGUAGACUCUACCUGGCACUUAGUGGGCUUGAGGGUUCUGCUACUUCAGGUAGUACAAAUAACAACACAGCGCUUGCUACUAUUCUGAACCAACAGUUCAUCAUUCAGUUGGGACUUUUCACAGCUUUACCAAUGAUUGUGGAGAACUCUCUUGAGCACGGUUUUCUCACUUCCAUCUGGGAAUUCAUCACAAUGCAACUCCAGCUGUCUUCUGUGUUCUACACUUUCUCAAUGGGAACACGGGCCCACUAUUUUGGAAGAACCAUUCUUCAUGGUGGGGCCAAAUACCGGGCAACUGGACGUGGAUUUGUGGUACAGCACAAGAGUUUUGCUGAAAAUUACAGACUUUAUGCUCGUAGUCACUUCACCAAGGCAAUUGAACUCGGGCUCAUACUGACAGUAUAUGCCUCAUACAGCCCUGUGGCAACCAAAACCUUCACAUACAUAGCAUUGACGAUCUCGAGUUGGUUCCUGGUGGUCUCGUGGAUCUUGGGUCCCUUUGUGUUCAACCCUUCUGGAUUUGAUUGGUUGAAGACGGUUUAUGAUUUUGAUGAGUUCAUGAACUGGAUAUGGUACCGAGGUGGUGUAUUUUCAAAAGCUGAACAGAGUUGGGAAAAAUGGUGGGAUGAAGAGCAGGAUCAUUUAAGAACAACUGGUCUUUGGGGGAAGGUUCUGGAAAUGAUUCUGGACCUCCGUUUCUUCUUUUUCCAAUAUGGAAUUGUUUAUCAUCUAGGAAUUGCUGCGGGAAGCAAGAGCAUUGCUGUUUACUUACUCUCAUGGAUUUAUAUCGUAGUGGCUGUUGGGAUAUACACCAUUAUAGCCUAUGCCCGUGACAAGUAUUCUGCGAGGGAGCACAUAUAUUACCGUCUUGUUCAGUUCCUAGUCAUCAUUCUUUUCAUAAUAUUGAUAGUCGCGCUCCUCCAGUUCACCGAUUUCAAGUUUGCUGAUGUAUUCACCAGCCUUCUUGCCUUCAUCCCCACUGGGUGGGGCCUACUCUCUUUUGCACAAGUGCUUCGCCCCUUGUUGCAAAAUACUUUUAUGUGGGGAACAGUUGUUGCGGUGGCAAGAUUGUAUGAGAUCAUGAUUGGGGUGGUUGUGUUGAUACCUGUGGCACUCUUGUCAUGGCUGCCUGGUUUUCAACCCAUGCAAACAAGGAUCCUAUUCAAUGAUGCUUUUAGUAGAGGUCUGCGUAUUUUCCAGAUUGUGACUGGGGUGAAACCAAAGCGUGAUGUCUGAUUAAGACCCUGCUCUCCGGGAAUGUUGAAGUAUAUUCUUCUAUGACUCCCAAAUCUUGAAAGGAUUGCUGUGUGGACUACUGCACUACUGUUCCCGGCACAUGUUUUGAUAAUUAAGAUUUUUUGUUGGUGUGAGGAAGUACAGAAUGAAGAGGGGUAGAUUUUACCAUUUUCCAUUUGUAGAGGAUUUUACCAUAGAGGAGGCUUAGAGAUACUGCAAUAUAAUUAGUCUGAUUUUUGUUUGUGGAAUGUGAUGAAGGUUCCUCAGUGAUAGAGAUAGAGGUUGCAUGGGACCUUCAUGCCGCCUUUCGUCUUCUCUCAAGCAUUGUAAUUAUUUUUAAUUAUAUUUUUUGUGUAAUCUAUAAUUUGUAAUUCUGUCUGUUAUGUUAUUUAUUAUUAUACGAAACCCGCUGUUGUGUUGUUGGAGUGGGUACAGGUCUGGCCUGAGAAAACAUUAGUAUAUAUAUAUCCUUCUCAUUUGUUAUUUCUUUAAGAAAAUCUUAUUCUGAAUUUUGGGAAGUUCACUUAUUUUUGGCUUG